ACCUGCAGUGUUGUCAGUGAGGUGAUGAGGGCUGUUUAAGGGUGAGUGAAAGGAGCAGCUCCUCCUUCAGUCCGCAGCUCCUCCUUCAGUCCGCAGCUCCUCCUCCACCUGCACACGGUGAGCUCAGCAAAGAUGGCGGAGUUUCGAUAGCUCUCGAUGGCCGAGCUGACCAACAUCAACAGUCACGAAUUGUAGAGGACAUAAUCUGCGGCUCUGGACGGUUCACCUUCAAAUCUGUCUCACAUCGCCUUAAUGCGCCUGUGUCAGGCCUGCAGUUGGUGAGGCCGUCCGUGUCCUCUGUGGUGGCGUUUCGCUGGGAGGCUCCGGUGUGUCAGUCUGAGCGAUAUGACAGGGCGAUAAAGGCGUGCCUCGCUGGAGGUUUCGGUGUCCCCCACUGUGGAGAAAUGUGUCUCAGGUAAUUUAGACUUCCUGAGUUCCUCAGGUGUCAGUCUUCAGCCCUUGUGUACUUCUCAUAAUGUCAUCCUCCCCAGCGGUCCCGAAGGCCAGCCCUGGCCUUUCUGCACUGGACAACCUCUCCAUGUCUUCAUUGUUGUCUGGGGACCUGGAGGAAGGGGCGGAGGGUGGCGAGCUGGCUGAUCUGGAAGUGAACCCUUAUGAUAGCCUGCCCUUCUCCUCACGCUACUAUACCUUAUUAGAGGAGCGGAGAGGGCUGCCUGUGUGGAGCUUGAAAUACAGCCUGCUGGAGCACCUGGAGACUCACAGCAUGGUGGUGCUGAGUGGAGAGGGUGGCACUGGCAAGAGCACACAAGUACCUCAGUGGUGUGUGGAGUACGCACUCUCUCAUCAGUUUACUCAGGGCUUAGUAUGCUGCUGUCAGCCAUAUGCAGCGGCUGCUUGUAGUCUGGCAAUUCGUGUAGCUGAUGAAAUGGACCUAAGCUUAGGGCUGGAGGUGGGCUAUAGAAUACCUCACGAUGAUGGCUGCACACCAGACACUUUACUGCGCUUUGUGACCGACUCACUACUCCUGCAGGAGAUGAUGUCGGAUCCCUUGCUGCGGCAGUACGGCGUGCUGGUGGUGGAUGAGGCUCAGGAGCGCACUGUGGCCACUGACGUACUGAUGGGCCUCUUGCGGGAUGUGUGCCGGCAACGCUGUGACCUGCGGGUAGUGGUGCUUGCAGCGCCCGUUAUGGCCAGCACCAUCGCCAGCUUCCUGGGGGAGGGUGUGCCUCAUCUCACUAUCGACCCACCAUCAGAUAAACCCACUAUAGAGACACUGUAUCGGGACCCCCCUGCGGGACGAGACCCCGCAUCAGCCUCUUGUCAGAUGGUGCUAGAUCUUCACCGGCGAGGAGAGGAAGGAGAUAUUCUGGUCUUUCUCCCUAGUGCCCAGGAAAUUGAUGAGUGUGCUGCUCUGUUAGAGAAGGAGUCUGUGGCUUUGAGUCCUCAGCUGGGGGCGUUACGGGUGCUCCUGCUGCACUCUGGCCUCGGUGGAGCCACGCAGCAAGUGUACGAUACGGAGGGGGCUGAGGGCCAGGCUGAACCGAAAGAAGAGGAGCAGGCUGGUCUGGACAGUUCUGAGGAAUCCGGUUUAAGACGCAGGGUCAUUCUCACAGAUGCUCUGGGAGAGGCCUCCUUCUCUCUGUCCAACAUUCGCUAUGUUAUUGAUACUGGACUUCAACUCAAAGCGGUGUACAAUCCACAGAUCCGAGCAGACUCUCAGGUUCAGCGACCAAUCAGCAAACACCAGGCAGAUACUCGAUCCCAAAGAGUGAACGGCAAGCUGCCAGGGGUGUGUUUUCGUCUGUACCCCCAGUCCCUGUACGAGGAGGGGAUGCCUGAAGCACGCUGUCCUGGAGUCGCUGAGGCUAACCUCAGCCAUCUAGUCCUCCUUCUAAAAAGACUGGACAUAGCUGACAUGGGCCAGUGCAAGUUCCUUGACCGGCCAGCUCCAGAAGCAUUGAUGCAGGCUUUGGAGGACCUGGAUUACUUGGCUGCUCUAGAUGAUGAUGGGAAUCUGUCGGAGGUGGGCAUCAUCAUGUCUGAGCUCCCUCUAGAGCCACCAUUGGCCAAAGCCCUCAUUGCAGCCUGCGAGUUCGACUGUGUCAGUGAAAUGCUCACCAUUGCUGCCAUGCUUACUGCUGCUCCAUGCUUUGUGAUACCUCCACCAAACAAAGAAGAGGCAGCAGCAACUCAUAGACGACCCUUUUUGCACUCAGAAGGAGAUCAUCUUACGCUCAUUAAUGUCUACAAUGCCUAUCUACAACACAAUGAGGAUGAAGCCUGGUGUUCCACCAACUUCCUCAGUGCCUCUGCUCUGCGAUUAGCUGUGGUAAUCAGGGCAGAGCUUCUGGAAGUGAUGCAGCGGAUUGAGUUGCCAGUUUCACCUCCUGCCUUUGGCUGCCAGGACAACAGCACAAAUAUAAAGCGAGCUCUCAUCUCGGGGUUCUUUCUUAAGGUUGCUCAUGAUGUAGAUGGCUCAGGGAACUAUUUGCUGUUGACACACCGACAUGUGGCUCAUUUGCACCCGUUCUCCUCAUACCUGUGCCGCCGCCCACAACCCAACCCUCCCAGCUGGGUGCUCUACCACGAAUUCACCAUUUCCCAUGACAACUGCAUCCGCACCGCCUCAGAGGUACACCCCCACAUGUUGGUGGAAUUAGCCCCCCAGUACUACUUGGGCAACCUUCCUCCCAGCGAAGGAAAAGACUUGUUAAUGGAGAUCAGACAGAGUCUUCUCCCAGUGGACGAACAGGAGAAUGGAGAGACAGAAAAUAAAAGGCACGGAGACAGACCAGGAGAGCAUCGUGACCAAUACAGUGCAGAGAUGUGUAUACUGCAAUGAUACUCUCAAGGGUGUUGCAGACUUACAUUGCACUUUGGGAUUUAUGAGCCCACUACAUUGCAUCAGCAACCCAACUGUAAAGCAAAAUCAGUGGCUGUGAGGGACACUGUGCAAUGCAGUUACUGUAUGUUAAGAACUUAAAUAUGAUACAUAUAUGUAUGAUCUGUGAGGUAGCUGUUCAACAGCCUAAACAAACUGAUCUUCAAUGAGCUUUGCAUUUUUUAUUCUGAAAGAUUCAUUUUUGCUAUGAAAGUGCUAAAACACUAUUUUUAAUAUACAAAAAAAAUAUGUAGAACCCGUUAAUGCAGGAGGAACAAUGCAAAGAACUGAUUAAUUUGAAGACUGGAGAAGCACCACACAAUAUAAAGGUAAAUUCAGAGGACUCACUGUUGUCUUCAAACACCAACUGAAAGUAGCUACAUUAAUAAGCCUUCCUAGAGGAUAAUGCAAUGCACUGCAUUUCAAAAACUACAUUUAUUGAGGCUGACUACCUCUGAGCCCUACCAGACAUGAAAAAGAUUAUCUGAUGUUCUUUUUCAGUGGGUGUGCAUUUCCCUUUAUUAUAUGUUCUUUGACUGGUAGUGAAUAGGUGAAAUAUGAAUCCAUCUCUUUCCUUCUCCAUUUGGAUGUGUAAACUAGUUGCAAUGAAAUCAAUAUCCUGGGUAACUUGAACCUUGAGAGGACAGACUUUUGCCAGAGAUCAGUGAUCACUGUGGAUUCUCAGGGUUCUGUUUACACAAGCCCUCGCAUUGUAAAUCUUUCUUCUUGUUGGCCAUGAAGGUUUUUUUCUACUGCAUAUUCUUUGUUUUUAUCUUUCCCUCAAUAAUCUUGUGGCUACAUCUGUUAAUAGAGAAGUUUUGUGUGAAAAUUAAUUUUAAAAGCCUAUUUUUGCAACUUGGGUAUGAACUCAUCCAAUACAAUAUGCAUACUCUCUAA